AUGAGGAAACUGAGGCUCAGAGAGGUUAAGUAUAUUGGUCAAAGUCAAACAGCUAGAACCAUGCCCACCUUGUUCCCUUCACUGUUCUGUUGUGUGACUGAGACACUGUGGUUUAAUCUGAAUCUACCAUGGGAGCAGCAGGAGCAGCAGGAUCAGCAGGAGCAGCAGCAGCAGGCCUGGAUCCAAAGCAUCACGGAGAAAGACCACAACCUGGUACCUAUUGGCAAGCCAGCCUCAGAGCACUAUGAUGAUGAGAAAGAAGAGGAAGUUGAUGAUAAGGACAAUGAAAAGGAUUCAGAAGAUGAUGAGGGUGUGCAGGACAUGGAUGAGAUGAAUGACUAUAAUGAGUCACCUGGUGAUGGAGAGGUCAAUGAGGUGGACAUAGAAGGCAAUGAACAGGACCAGGACCAGUGGAUGAUCUAG